AAUUAAUGGGAUAAAAUUGGGCAAGCCCUUAACUGAUACAACAAAAUCUAGUUGACAACUAAUAAUUCUUAGACUAAGAGAUUUAAUCGAAAUUGACAGAUUCGAAUGGACCUCAUUUAAGACAUCUUAAAAGUUUUUCAAUUCAAGAUGGAUAUAAAGGAAGAAUAAUCAAUUAUGAUUGUUAACCAAAUUUUCUGAAUUUAAAAAGCUUAAAGGACCUCAGCAAUUAAAAUUCAAUAAAUACCAAUCAUUAUUAGGAUAUAUUAACUUAAUUAAUUUAAGGAUUAUAUGAAAUGCAUAAGAACUAAUUUAUUGGAAGAUCAUUCUCAUAUGAAACUAUAACCUAUGAAUUAGCAGCUAAAAAGCUUGUUUAUUUUAAUUUUGGUUUUUUUCAUUCAGUCGAGCAAACGUAGUUUUCUCCAGAAUGUUUAUACAAAUUGCUAUAUACUUAUGAAUCGGAUUAUUGGUUAGUAGCAAAAAUAAUGUGGCAAUUAUUAGUCAAGAAGAGAGAUUGUUACAAUACAGAUAUAAAAAUAUUUGGGAAAAACAUUCUAAAUUAUCAAUUAGAUGAAAUAAAAAUUGAUCCUUAAUUAGGAUAGCCAAAAGAAUUAAUUGAAUUGAUAAAUGAAAUGCUUCCAAUUUAUUGUGGAAGAAGAAAAACAAUAUCUAAAUUAUUAGAUGAACAAUAUUUAAAAUUGGAUAAUUAAGGAAGAACUCUAAUGAAGUAAUUUUAUGAAAAAUAUUCAUUUGGAUCAUAUAUCUUAAAAAUAAUGUAAUAAACAUUUAAGCGUGAUUCUUAGAAAAUAUUUGUAUAUUAUAUAGAUCUUAAAAAUAAAGUUUGUAAUAGGUUUGUCAAAGAAAUAUUUUAAAUAUUACUUACAUAUAUUGCCCUAUAAUUAGUUUUCCAUUACCCAACUUAAGAUAAAAAUAAAUAUCCCUUUUUAUUAAGUACAUUAUCAAAAUGUUUAACAACAUAGUCUAGAAUUUUGAAAGAUAAACUUUAAAUCAUUGAGAAAUGGGAACCUUAGGAUUCAUAAAAUUACAAAAUUCUUAAAGAGUAAAUAUUUUAGUCCCAUAAUUAAGCAUGCAGAUAUGAAAAACAUUUACAUAAAAAGUACUAAGAGGAUUUUGAAAAACUAAGUGAUUUAUCUCUAGAAGAGAAAAUUAAAAUUUUGCAUUUUAAAUUGUCUUAAUAUAGAGCCUAAGCGUCUAAUCCUGAAUCGAUUCCUCAAAAAAUAUUAUUAAAGUUACUGACAAAUUUAAGAGUACAGGAGAAUAUAAAUUGCAAAAAUUUAGAAGAAGGUUUGAUAUAGUAUCUAGAUAAACUAUAAAAUGAAUAGUGAG